AUGAGGUUGAAGAUAAGUGGUCCUAAAGGAUUAAAUAAGGUGAUAUCUCUCGAAAAGGAAGAUUCAUUGGGUAAGCUCUUGAAAGUAACGACGCCACCCUUUGAAGUUUCUGGUGUCAGAUUCGGUUAUCCGCCACAAACCAUAAGCAUAUCUGAGGAUGCCCUUGAACAAGCUGUUGACUCUUUCGGAAUCAGCUCAGGUGAGAAAAUUGUACUCAUAGAAUCGAUGGAAAAGAAUUCAGAAUCUGUUUCUUUGCAAAAAGAAACUCCGCCUGUUGAAUCUCAGCCGGUUGAAUCGCCGCCGACAGAAACAAAGAUUGAUUUGCCUGAUGGAACAUGCCAGCUAUUGAGAGUUCACAAAGUGCCUGAUGAUAACUCGUGUUUAUUUCAUGCUAUUUCGUAUUGUAACUACAAAGAUAUAUCAGUCUCUCAGCAGCUGAGAUCUGUGGUGGCAGACAAAAUCAGAUCGGAUCCAAUAGAGUACUCUGAAGCUGUCCUAGACAAACGUAACGAUUUAUAUGCCCAAUGGAUCAUGAGGAAGGAUUCCUGGGGAGGCGGUAUCGAAAUUGCACUGCUAUCGGAAACGCUGGGUACUGCAAUAUUUGUUCUUGAUAUGGAUGCACAGCAGUUUGAAAAAUUUAAUGAAGAUAGGUUCAAUCAAUUCAUGAUAAUACUAUUCAACGGAAUUCACUACGACUCAAUUGAACUCUCCAGUGGACGUACUAUCUUCGACAAAAAUGAUGACUAUCUCAGCCAGCUUAUACUUUCCGGAUCGUUGCAAAUUGCAAAACAAAUGAAACAGCAUGGAUAUUCCUUCAACACACGGCAGGACAAGAUAAUCUGUAACAUCUGUAAUUCGGAGUUCGCUGGCGAAAAAGAUGUCGCAAAACAUGCAAAGAAAACAGGCCACAUCGAUUUUGGUCAAGCCUCGAGCUAG